UACCUCGCUCAGAUGGGUUGGUCUGGAGGUGGUCUUGGUAAACAAGGCGAAGGUAUCGUAAAACCGAUCGAAGUCAAACAAAGACCGGAACGUGCAGGUAUAGCGUUUGGCGAUGAGGAGCACAAAGAGAGAAGAAGUACAAGAGCCAAAAAGCUUUCAUCAAAAGCUGAAACUCACGCAUGGACAAAACCCGAACGUAAAUCGCGAAAGCCUGAAAUUGAACAUCGUACCUAUGAACAAAUCUUGGCAGAACAUGGCCAUAAUGUUGCUCCAAAGUAUUCAUCUUUAUCUGCUGCCCUUGCAAAACAUGCUGUCCCGACAAAUGACAGCACACAAUUAAUCGAGAUUCGACAUAAUCUUCGGCUCAUUUGUGAUGGAAAUUCGAAAGCGCUCGACAUGUUAGCAAAUGAAGGGUCAGCUAUUCAAGAUCGUCGUAAGUGGCUCGAGCGUGAAUUGCAUGAAGCCGUACGUCGCAAACAGAAUCUUGUUACCAAGCACGAUCGUGUAGAAACUAUUGCCAAAAUCGUUGGAGAGAUUGAGUUGCUUGGAAAACGUGCCGCGAUUGACCCAAAGAUCGGCCUCGACAGUUUCAUGCAACCAGUAUAG